CUACCAUAUUGUGUUAUAAUAUAAAUCCCCACAAGAUGAAACCUUUAAGCAAAUGGUUUAUGUGCAAGUUUCAACUUUUUAUUCUCUGAUAAAUUUGUCUACUUGUUUAGUAAUUGGUUCUUUUUUUCUUUCUGUGCCUGUUCUGGUGUAUUUGAUGUGGCGCAGUCGCUGACUUAUAACUGUUGCUGUUGCUGCUCUCACUUUUCUCAUUUACAGAAACCCAUGAAUUUCAAUUGCAGAAAAUGUUCACCAGCCAACAAGCAUAAUUAUAAUUCUUGUAUGGCUUUAAGUUAUGUACACUGGCAAUGUAAAAAUUAUGCUAUCCGUGAAUUUUGACUUGUGGUAGGAUGCUAUUUACCAUAUUUACCUGAUUACUAAUUAAUGUUUAUCAAGAUAUUUACCUAUAAUUGUCCAAUAAUUGACCUGAUAGCAUGAAUUUUGACUGUGAUAGAAGGUUAGUUACCAUGUUGCGCCUACCUUAACUAAUUCCACAGUAUAUCUACUAGCUAGCACUAGCAACAGAAAAGUUACCAUCUUUACUUGAUUAGCGUUUAAUGCUUAUCAAGAGAUUUAUCUGUAAUUACCUAAUAAUUGACCUGAUAAUGUAAAUAUAUUUUAUACUAUCAAUGAAUUUUGACAUGUCAUGGGACCUUAGUUAUCAUCCUUAUCUGAUUACUAGUAUAAGUUUAUCAAGAGAGUUGCAUGCAAUCAUCCAAUAAUUGACUUGAUAGACUGAUGUGUAACAUAUUUAUCCAUCAUUCCAUUCUCUUGGAACAAUGAACCUAAAUAUCUGAAUUGUUUGCAUUUGAGCGCCUCAACCCCAUCUAAUCUCACCUUGAUUUCGCUCUUUUUAUGUUGGCUAAACUUGUAGUGCAUAUAGCAGUCCUACUGUUACUUAUCCUAGGACCCUUACUCGCUAGAGUGCUUAUCCAUGAUUCAAGCUUUGGUUGACAUUCUUGAUGGUUUUGUCAAUCGGUACAAUAUAUCAGCAAAUAACAUACAUCAUGAAACCUCAUUUUGUGUUGUUUUGGUUAUCUCAUCCAUCACAAAGGUAAACAAAUACGAGCUCAAUGUCGAUCCCUAGUGUAAACCCACGGUUAUUGGAUAUUCCUUUGUAUCUUCUACUACUGAUCUCACGCUAGUGACGGGACGGAUUCUUCAUACAUGCCCCACAAGAUGAAUCUUUAAGAAAUUGUUUAUAUGCAAGUUUCAACUUUGAUAAAUUCGUCUACUUGUUUAAUAAUUGGCAUUUGUUUCUGGUGUAUUUGAGUUGCGAUAGAUAUAUACAUGGCUGUAUAAUUGCAUGAUUCUGAUGGGGCAUCAUGAGAUAAAGUCUUCCACUAGUAGAGAUAGGUCUCCGUUACAGCAGAGGCACAGGCAUAGGCAUAGGCCUAAGGACAUGGAUUUGAAUAAAGAAUUGUCAUCUGAAAGAAGAGAACGAAGAUCAGGAAGAGAUGUAGUUGAGCAUAGGUCUCCUAGGCCGAGACAUGAUUACUCCUAUUCAGCUUCAGAUCAUCAAAGCAUGGAUCAUCGCAGAUCCAGUUCAAAUUUUAAUGUUGACACAGAAAGACAAAAUGAGGUCUUCAAUUCAACUGGUCCCGAAAACUGGAAGGAAAGAAAUGAUCCGAUGACUAAAACGAAAGCAAACGAAGAGUACCUGGAAGCUAAAGAGGAGCAAAUGACAUUGUUAGAGCUGUCCGGAGAUCUUACUACAGAAUCUAAACAACACACAGCAGAGGGGAGGAAGGAGAUUUCACUGGAAUACAACAGCAACAUGAAGAAGGCAAGACUCCAUUCAACAUUGGUUUCUCUCCUCAACGAUCCUGUGCUUUCUGAUGUACCAAAAAAACCAACUCUGAUGGAUGUGGACACCCUUAUCAGCUUGGAACUUGGGAGUGCCAUGCGCAUCUCUAUCCUCAAAUUGGAUGGCAGCUGCUUUGAUGUAACAGUGAUGAAUUCCGCGACAGUUAAAGACUUGAAACAAGCUGUUCGCAAAAGGAUAGAUGACAGUGAGCAAUCUAAGAUGGGCCAUCGGCAUAUUUCUUGGAGGCAUGUCUGGUCAAAUUUUUGCCUUUUAUUUCACAAUGAGAAGUUACUAGAUGAUACUGCUAAACUUCAGGACUACGGCAUUAGGAACAAUGCUCAGGUGCAAUUCAUUCCCUAUGUCAUCUCGAGGGCCUCAAAGAAGCAUUCAAAGAGGAGAAAACACCGAUUUUUUCAUGGCCUAAGCAAAAAGGGACGAACAACUGAUUGAAUCAGGGGUUAGAUUACUGCAUACAUAAGUAUUGAAUCAGGGAUUAGAUUACCGCAUACAGAAGCCAUAGAAUGCUUCUAUCUGGCUUCUAACCACAGAUGUAAUAGCAGCGCUGGUGUAAAACCAAGGAAAAGUAAAUCAAGCCUAGGCGCCUUCUCAAUUGCCUAGUUUUGAGAUGAGCUUGAAUGGAGUGAGAUGGCCAACAAGUAUUCAAAUAGUUGAGCUCUACUUUUUUGGAUUGAGGUCUAGUUGUUGCUAUUUUUCAACCGCCUAGCUUUAUAAAGUAUAGCUACGAGAGGUACCAUUUUAUGUUAGAUUUUUCCCUCUGUAGAAAGCUCUAUUUGGCUAACCGUGUUACUUUCUGAAACGUUUUCUGGUUUGGGAGUAAAUGUAACAAUUCACGAAAAGGUUACUUCCUAAUGAACACGUAGUCUCAACAUUUAUAACCAA